AGCUGACAAAUAUAUAAAGUAAAAUUUUGAAAAAGAGAAAAAAAAAAAUGGCGAUGAAUAUUGUCACUGAUUCUGAAGACCCAAUUGAGGAAUUGAAAAAAGGAUUGUUGCUUAUGGUUUAGAAUUGAAUACUGAAACCAGAAAAAUUCGAUUUUUAUCUUUUAUUUUUUGAAAAAUUCAAUUUUUAUUUUGAAUUUAGAAAAGGAAAAAAAUUGGGCAUGAAACGCAGCGUUUUCACUUUUUAUUUGUUUCAGACUCACACUCACACCACAUUUUAAGGUUAAAAUUAAGAGCGAAAAAAUCGUGAGAGAAUGGACGCGAUUGGAUUUGGGAAUGGAUUUUGUGGGUUCUGGAGGUGGAAUCCGUCAUCGGAUUCUCGACGGCGUCGUAUUCGUUCUAAUUCGACUUCGCCUGGUUCUGUCGUCGGAGGCGGUUACCAGUUUCCGGUGAAGCAGGCGUUAACCGCCGCUUCCCUUGCUCUUACUGGCGACACGAUUGCACAGGUCAGUAACCGUUGGAGCAAAGCCAAAGAGAGUGGUGAAAAUGGUUCUCAGGAUGUAUUGUCGAAACUCCUUUCAGAACACGAUUUGCUACGUGCUUUGCGAAUGACUUCCUAUGGAUUUCUUUUCUAUGGCCCUGGUUCUUAUGCUUGGUACCAGUUUCUUGACCAUUGUCUCCCAAAACCAAAUGUCCAGAACCUAAUGCUAAAGGUUUUACUAAACCAGAUUGUAUUGGGCCCAUGUGUCAUUGCUGUUGUCUUUGCAUGGAACAAUUUAUGGCAACAGAAGCUCUCGGAGCUUCCAGAAAAAUACAAAAGAGAUGCGCUUCCAACUUUACUAUAUGGGUUUAGGUUCUGGAUCCCUGUCAGUAUAUUAAAUUUCUGGGUGGUGCCUCUUCCAGCUCGAGUGGCUUUCAUGUCAAUGGGUUCAAUAUUUUGGAAUUUUUACCUAUCAUCAACUAUGAACAAGUAAAAUACAUGCAGACUCUACAAGUAAUUUGCAUUGUUUAAAUUUUUACAAUGAGAUUAAUUAACAGUCUAGUUCUCUGCAAAAGAUUUUACACUCUGAAAGCUGUCGACAUUGAAGAAUGGCUAUGCUCUUUCUUCUCUGCAGACAAAUGUAAAAUCAAACUCUCUUUUAUAUAAAAGAUGAUUGUGCAGGUGCUAGCUUUCCAAUUAGGAAUUACAUUUGGGAUAAUGAGUACAUUCUUAUGGAUGAUUGUUGAAUCUGAUUAUUAAAUAGAAUGUUCUUCGAUAUAUUACAAUACUUGUUGGAACUUUCACUACUGUUCCGGUGUAGCACAUUGCAUUGCAUGUGGUUAAAAAAGGGGAGCCCCUGGAGCCAAUUUUGUUCCCUUUUGUUUAGUAAUGUAAUCGAGCAUUUUGUAAUCAAUUACUUGAUUCAGUAAAGAGAAUUUCCAUCAAA